AGUGCGGCAGUCGUCAAGCGGAGUUGCUGCUGGCUGACGGAAGAGAGCGGUAGCUAUGUGAUGGCUAGCCACGGAAGCAGGAAGUAGGCUAGCUGUUAGCUAACCUCUAGCUACUACCGCUUUGUUCUUUUCUGGGGACACCAGCCACCUUUGGACAGGUGUCUGGGCUGGCCAGAGCUGUACCUUUGGUCAGCAUCUGCACUGUUUGGCCGUAAAUGUGACAGACCACUCCAACACAUCCAGCCUCACUAUGGGUCAGGACAGGGGGAAGUAUGAUUUUUACAUCGGUCUGGGAUUGGCCAUCAGCUCCAGCAUCUUCAUCGGAGGCAGUUUUAUCCUCAAGAAGAAAGGACUUCUGAGGCUGGCGAGGAAGGGAUCGAUGCGAGCAGGUCAGGGUGGACAUGCAUAUCUAAAAGAAUGGCUAUGGUGGGCUGGUUUACUAUCAAUGGGAGCUGGUGAAGCAGCCAACUUCGCAGCAUACGCCUUUGCUCCUGCGACCCUGGUGACCCCACUGGGAGCCCUUAGUGUGCUUGUCAGUGCGGUGCUGUCGUCGUACUUCCUGACGGAGCGGUUAAACCUGCAUGGGAAGCUCGGCUGCCUGCUCAGCAUCCUGGGCUCCACCACCAUGGUAAUUCACGCUCCGCAAGAGGAAGAGAUCAGCAGCCUCGAGGACAUGGCCCAGAAGCUGGUUGAUCCAGGGUUUUUCGUCUUUGCCACUAUCGUCAUCAUCGUGGCCCUCAUCUUCAUAUUUGUUGUGGGUCCCCGUCACGGUCAGACCAACAUCCUCGUCUACAUCACCAUCUGCUCAGUAAUUGGGGCACUAUCAGUGUCCUGUGUCAAAGGACUGGGUAUCGCCAUCAAGGAAGCAAUCGCCGGGAAAAACGUGGUGAAAAACCCACUGGCGUGGAUCUUGCUUCUGGGUCUGGUGGCCUGUGUGAGCACGCAGAUCAACUAUCUGAACAAGGCUCUGGACAUAUUCAACACCUCCCUGGUGACUCCCAUCUACUACGUGUUCUUCACUACAUCUGUGCUCACCUGCUCCGCAAUCCUCUUCAAGGAGUGGGGGCACAUGGGCACGGACGAUGUGAUCGGCACCCUCAGUGGCUUCCUCACGAUCAUCGUAGGUAUUUUCCUGCUCCAUGCCUUCAAAGACGUUAGCGUUAGCUUGGCCUCCCUCGCCGUGUCCAUGAGGAAGGAGGAACGGGCCUUUCCCGCGGCCAACGGCAUGGCGUCCCACAGCACCUACGAGCUGCUACAUAAUGAGUCCACUGAGGACAUGGAGGACAGAGAAAUGGGCUUGCCUUUUGAUAGCGUCUCUAGAAGGAACGGAGCAAUGACUUCCUCAUUGGAUCACUAAGAAACUCUUUUUUUCAGCUGCCUACAUACUGACUCACCAACCAUGGCAUUGUUGGGGUAUAUGACAAUAAGACAAUCAACUGUUUGGGGGAAGUGACUUGGAGAGACCAGUGGAUUGUAUUUAACAUUUUAAUUUGCCUUACUUUUCUCAGAAUAUGACCUGGUCAUAUUCUGUUACAGUUAGAACUUAAUUUCAUUCCUCUGUAGCGCUGUAAAUAUGAGUUUUUUAAGAACUGUUUUGUUAUAUGUACAUGCAUAUUCAUGCACUGACUUACUUUCUAUAAAUCAAAACGAUAAAAGUUUUAAUAUAUAUAUAUAUUCUAUAUGAUGUCCUGCUGACAAUGGCUACGUUUAAAAGAAGGACAAACACUAUGAUUUGAGUUUUCGUGAUACUUGAAAGUAACAACAAUUUUUGUUGGAAGUCAUUCUGAACUUUUUUUUGUAGCGUUUACAUGAAAAGCUCUCGAGAUGAACCAACAGAUUUGUUACAUAUUUAUUGAAUUAAAAUGAUUAAAACAUUUGAAGGCACAGUGAAUAAAUGCUUAACAUGA